GACACUGUGGGGACGACAGUGGACUGUGAGGAAGACAACAGCGUGGACAAGGCGCCAAAAGUGGACACAAAAAGCGUUUUCCCGCCAGAGCAAAGUGUGCGCGGAAUAGCGUCCUCUCUUCCAUGUCGCUGCCCGACUCUCCCUCACUUCUCUCGGCGGGCUCGGGUGCCCCCACUCCGGCCACGCUGUACCGCUCGGCACCUCCGGAGACCCUCCUCACUUCCGUCGCCCCCAGCGGAACCUCCAGCCCGGCUCACGGCAACCCCCAUUCAUUGUCCCCGCGGCUCAGCGGCGCCAUGCUCGGCGGCUUUCUGGCCGCACCGGGAGGCGCGCUGGCCGGCUUGGGCAACGGCGCAUCCGCCCCGCUUGUGUCGGCGCUGGGCUCGCUGACCCCCGGCGCGCCCGCCUUGACUCAGAGCUCGUCCGGCGAGUGCAAGCUGGUGGAGGUGCACGGCGUCAAGGUGGCCAGCUUCAGCGUGCACGGCCAGGAGGAGCUCAUCUGUCUGCCGCAGGUGUUCGACCUCUUCCUUAAGCACCUGGUGGGCGGCCUGCACACCGUUUACACCAAACUCAAGAGGCUCGACAUCACGCCGGUGGUCUGCACCGUGGAGCAGGUGCGCGUGCUGCGGGGGCUCGGCGCGAUCCAGCCCGGCGUCAACCGAUGCAAGCUCAUCUCCCGGAAGGACUUCGAGAUCCUCUACCAGGACUGCACCAGCGCCAGCUCUCGCCCGGGUCGUCCUCCCAAGCGUUGUUCUUCCGGCGCCGGGAUCCAGGAAAGCCCCAGGCUGCUUCACCCGGGCCUCCCCGGCCUGCUGUCCCCCAGCCUGCUCUCGCACACCGGUCUGACAGCAGCCGCCAUGGCCGAGCUCCAAAAGCUGCAGAAGAUGAAGAUGAUGAUGAGUCUCCAAAAUGGAAACGAGUCGGACAAUGACGACUUGCACUCCAACGCAGGAGGAAGUGAGUGCUCCUGGGACAAGGAGCGCCUGAGCAGCCCCCCGGCCGGAGCCCACUGCGGUGGCCCUGGAGGAGGGGGCGGAGCCACCACCCCAGCAGGUGCGGUGGGAGGCGGAGGGCGGGGCCCCUCUCUGGGAGCCGUCAAUCAGCAGCAACUCCAGCAGCAGCAGCUACUUGCUAACAGGCUGGACCUGCCGUUCAUGAUGAUGCCCCAUCCGCUGCUACCCAUGGGUUUGCCGCCUGCCUCCGUUGCUAUGGCAAUGUCACAGAUGAACCACCUCAGCACCAUCGCCAACAUGGCCGCCGCAGCUCAGCAGAUACACAUUCACCGGGCGCCCGUUAUUAAGGAGCGUGUGUGUGACAGCCCCUCUCUGUCGCCCUCCGUUGACGACACCAACACGCCUCUGCAGUCGCAGCCCAGUAGCUCGGCCUCCAGCUCGCCAGAAAGACUUGGCCUGCUUUCGGCUGAUGCAGAUGUUGCACUGGCCAACUCCGCAACACCCAUCAAGAAAAUAACAAAGGACAAAGUGGAACCUUUGCUGGGACAAGCCCUACCCCCAGGCUUCCCCACACCCUUCUUAUUCGCCGACAGCCUGUCUUCCGUGGAGACGCUCCUCACCAACAUACAGGGCCUUCUGAAGGUGGCGGUAGAGAACGCCCGUGUACAGGACAAGCAGAUUCAAGCAGAGAAGAGGGAGCUGAAGAUGGAGCUCUACCGGGAACGAGAGAUGAGGGAGAGUCUGGAGCGACAGCUGACCUCCGAACUGCAGAGCAGAGCCUCCAUCCAGAAGCGUCUGAAGAAGGAGAAGAAGGCCAAAAGGAAGCUGCAGGAGGCGCUGGAGUUCGAGUCCAAGAGGAGGGAGAGAGGGGAAGACACCCUAAAACACUCGUCUUCAUCCUCGCCGGACAACGACACAGCCGAUGCUGCAACCCAGCAGCGAGAUGAAGUCAAUGGAAGCCAGCAGGACGACGGGGACGUACAAGAGUCUCGCGCUUUCCUGAAGACCACCAUCAUGUUCUAGAGAGAGGCGGAGCGAACCACCUGAAACGCCGCCCCUUUACUUACCACUCCCACCCACCCCCCCAUCUUUAUUUGAUGCCCUUUUUGUUACUCACAAAAAAGCUUCCUUCAGUCUCCAGCGUGAGCACUCAUUCCCGUGCAAAGCAUGCUGGGAAGGAUGGACCAAACAUGACCACCUCAAAAGUUCUAAGACUUUGCUGAGUCCACCUCAGACUCGACCAGAAUCGUCUUAUUGGACUGGAAGGAGGAGACUUUUGGGACGGGAUCAAAUAAACUUGGUUCCCCUCGUCUUCAUCUCCCUCCUGCCUGCAAGGAGUUUUUAGGACUGACGUGUUUUCUAUCACCUCAAAGGACGAAAAAACAUGUAAAAAAAACAACAAACAAACCUUUUUUAUGACGUCGUUUCUAGAAUGUUGUGUCCUUCAACCUUUGACCUGCUGUGACCAGGAAGUGACUUGAGUACCACCCCUUCACCCUCCCCUUGUUGUGUUCAUGAGAGCAGCAGGUGAGCAAAUCAAGCGCUCCUCUCAAACUCUUCCUGUCACGAGAGGGGGGAGGGGUCUGAUGGAGGCGGGGCUAAAGGGUUCUUGUGUGUAGAUAGAAGUGACCACUCACUGGUUUUUGUUUUUUCCCCCCCUCAGAGUGUCACUGUUGUGUGGCUGUGGUCGACUGCAAAUAUACAGUAUUACAACCUU